CCAGCAUCGUGAUCUGGUGUGUGUUGGAUUGUGAGCUGAACCGCUGCAACAAAUGCGAUAAAAAAGUGAAUCUUUGUUUCCUUGUUGGCAUCUUCCACGUUCUUGGGUCGUCCAUUUCCUGUCUUUUUUAAUUAGCAUCGACCCUGUGUAGACGAAAACAAAAUGGCCUGGACGAAAUGGCAAUUCGCGUUAGCGCUGACGAUGGUUGUUACAGGCUCUAUCAACACACUAAGCACAAAGUGGGCCGAUUUUAUUCAAUCGGAAGGAUCGGAUGGCCAAGUGCGACGCUUCGUGCAUCCUUUCGUGCAGGCGUGCUCAAUGUUUCUCGGAGAGUUUCUUUGUUUGCUCACCUUCAAAGCUAUCUACUAUCACUUGCGACGCAAGAACAAUGGUGCCGAAGAUCGCCACGAUCUCGUGCGGGGCAAUCGCGAGUUCAGUCCCUUCGUUCUGUUCGUUCCGGCGAUGUGCGAUAUGCUGGCAACCUCCAUAAUGUACGUCGGGCUCAAUAUGACCUAUCCCUCUAGCUUUCAGUUACUGCGAGGAUCGGUUAUUGUCUUCGUCGGAAUACUGAGCGUGGCGUUCCUGAACCGUACGCUUGUCAGACGGGAAUGGUUUGGUAUCACAUUCAUCAUGCUCGGACUCGGGGUAGUCGGUAUCUCUGAUGUGAUAUCGAACGACACCAGUGGUUCGCAGUACACCCGUAACAACAUUAUCACGGGGGACUUGCUGAUCAUAUUGGCCCAGAUCAUUACGGCAGUGCAAAUGGUCUACGAAGAGUACUAUGUAGCCGGUCUGGAUGUGCCGGCAUUGCAAGCUGUCGGAUGGGAAGGGUUUUUUGGUUUCUCCAUGCUUAGCAUCUUGCUCGUGCCCAUGUACUUCAUCAAGAUGAUGCCACCGUUCAACGAGAAUGCCCAUGGUGUGCUAGAGGAUCUGCCGGACGCACUGGCACAGAUCAAGAACAACUAUCUACUGGUCAUUGCAAUCUCUGGCACGAUCGUGUCGAUCGCCUUCUUCAACUUUGCUGGCAUCAGCGUAACAAAGGAAAUAUCAGCCACGACGCGCAUGGUACUGGAUUCGGUGCGCACGGUCGUCGUUUGGGCGGUCUCAUUACUGUUGGCGUGGCAAAAGUUCCACUACCUACAGCUCGUUGGUUUCGCGGGACUCCUAUUCGGAAUGUGUCUCUACAAUGAUAUUGUGAUUCUGCAAACAUACAGGCGAGUGAAGGUGGCAUUGUUGCUCCGCAUUGGACGACAAUCGGACGGAAUGCAAGAGGUUAUUAUCAAUCGACAGGCGGAUGAGCCCGAUCGUUAGACUGAUUCGUAAGACACUGUGGUAAAUGUGCGGCAUAUUUGAUCAUGAAAGUUUAUUUGUAUAGCGUCUAGUAGCUCUUGAUUGGUACUCAUACACACGUGUAUCAGCAUUAUCUCAAUAAAUUUACUCUUUACUGAUGGA